AGAAGAACGCUGGUUAGCAUAAACAGCUAUCGUGGCUGUAUGUUUUCUGAGGUCUCUGCGUGUUGUUUGGAGAUUAAACAAACUAACCCAACCACUUCAUCGAAUAAAUUAUCAGAUCUGUGGAGACAGCGGGCUACACUUAAGGUUUAAUACCCUGGUUGUUUCACUUCAGUCUGGCACAGUAACACUGUAGCACUACUGGCAGUCCUAAGACCCAAGAAAAUAAUGUGCUGCAGCUGAAGAUGGGUGGCAGUGGCUCCAAAUCCAAAGGAUUUUGGCCUUUCUCUGGCUCAGGAAGUACAGACGAUCCCACCAAAGAUGGAAAUGAGCAGUCACUGGCAAGAGUUCGAAGUUUUGUUGGUGCAACACCAUUUGUGUUUACUAGACGAAGCUCCAUGUUUUUUGAUGAAGACGGCGACCUGGCCCAUGAAUUCUAUGAAGAGACAAUUGUGACAAAAAAUGGCCGUAAAAGAGCCAAGCUGAAGAGGAUUCAGAAAAACCUCACACCUCAGGGAAUUAUAAAGCUGGACCACCCUUGCAUCCAUGUAGAUUUCCCAGUUGUUCUCUGUGAAGCCUGAUGAUGUCUGAGCAAUGUCUUGGACUCAUCACAAUGUCAACUCCGUCCAGUGGUUUUCCCCACAGCUGGAAGCCUGAACCACCUUUUAAAAUAACACGAUCUCUUGAUGUAUUUGAUGCCCUUAUUUGGACAGGCUGAUGCAAUGUGUGCUGAGCCUCUGCAUGUGAUCUGUUUUUGGCUUGUGUUGCAUUAGACACAGAAUAGGUCACCAAUGGAGAUCUAGAGGGGUGCCAAGUUGGCAAAACCAACCCAGUUUACAGUUCAUGGUUCGUAUGCAUGUUAAGUGUGAGCGUGCGUGCAGAUAUGGGAUGAAAUGUGACAGAGUCCUGAUUAUUUUGCUGCAGAAUGUUUUAUGGCUUGACUUGAGAGGUUUCAGAAGAAUGUGACCAUUUUCCUAUGACAUGGUCAUAGCAAGAGCUGGAAAGUUUAAGUGCACACUUUAGUUUUUGACACCAUGAUGACCUGCUUUAUUAUGCAUGAGACGGGAUCUGCUUAUCAGUAAUAGUCCAAGGAGUCGACAAUCAGUAGGAGACAAAUUCUGAUGUGGAUUUAUGUCACAUUGUCAGUGUGAUGGACUGGCUUCAAUGACCUCAGAGCCACACAUGUACACAGCAGCAGUGAGUCUAGUAAGAGAUCCUGUUGUUUCCUUUGCUGCUUCAGCAUACUGUCUCACUUUUAAUUUAUUAUAACUGUUUUUUAAUUACAAUUUUAAAAUGCUGAACUGUGUCAUUCUGCUCUUUUUUGUCAGUACAUUACAGGCAAAUAGCAUAUUUAACUCAUAUACAUUACUAGCUGGAAAGAUGGAAGACAAAAAAAUCAGCAUGAAAUCUAUCAUAUUGCAAAUGAAGGUGCUUAACAAAACAAUGCGACAGGCCCACAGUUGUGUCUAUUUUACUUGUGUUUUGAAUUCUGGAGUAAGGGUAUAUGUACACGUGAAAAGACCGAGAACUCUAUGUUAAUAGUGAUUAACUGACACCAUCUUUGGGUAUUUUUCUUGGGGCAAAUUUGGGGCUUAAUACUAAUAAGAUUCCAGUGAUUUCUAAAGCACUGAGUGCUUAAGUAGCGUCUCUUUUCUGAUUACUGGUUGCAACAUGACAGUCUGCAGUUUUUCUAGCUAGCUAUGCCUACAUACUACCUCCUUUGUGGAUGCCAUGAACUGAAGAACAAAUCAUCUAUUUUUUUAAAGUCCCUAUGAAUGAGGGGAUCAAUGUUCUCUUUUCUGAAUAUGAUUCUUGCUUUGAUGGUUCAAAUGUAGGCUGGACAGGUCCAACACAGCCCCCAGACCAAUCUUUCAUCAUUGGGUCCCGGCAGUUUUUGACAGUGGAGAAAGCACAUUUUCCAUGAGUGGCUGUGAUUUUUGGUACAUACAACAGGCACUGCUGCAUCAUCCUAGAGCAGAGAUUACUUCUUAUUUUUCCUGUUUUUGAUAACCAGUUUUAUGUACAAAGUGACAUUUUUCAUCUCUGCAAUUUGGCCUAGUAGUUAAGAAAACAGGAUUCUGUUGUCUAGUGGACAAAGAUACAUAUUUUUGAUUGCAUUACACUCAAUUUAAGGAGUUUAAGCAACUUUUAUAAGUGGAACAGCGAAAUGACCAUUGUGAAAAUGUAAGUAUCUUUUAUCAGUUUAAAGUAAAAAAAAAAAAAAAAAACAACAGCAAAAAAACAAAAACAGUUAUUUUAUGGUCAAACCAUUCUAAACAUAUGUUGGUGCAUCUAAAAAUAAUAUCAUGUAAAGGUUCCUUUUUCCCUUUGAUUUAAUUCAAGAAGUGAAACCUCCUUAAAUUCUAGAUUUGUCAUUACAAAGUAACAAAGCGAUUACAAAACAUCAUGCCACAAAAGGAUUUAUAAAACAGAAAUGUUGACCUUCUGGAAAAUGAUGUUCAUUUAUGCUCAGUACUUGGUCGGAGCUCCUUUUUCACAAAUUACUGCGUCUAUAUGAUGUGGCAUGGAGCCAAUCAGUCUGUGGCACUGCUGGGAUGUUAUGAAGCCUAGGUUGCUGUGAUAGCAGCCUUCAGCUCAUCUGUAUUGUUGAGUCUGGUGUCUCUCAUCUUCCUCUUGGCAAUUCAUCAGAGAUUUUCUACAGAGUUCAAGUCAGGCUAGUUGGCUGGCCAAUCAAACAGUAAUAUUAUGGUUAGCAAACAAGUUUGUGAUAGUUUUAGCUGCACCGUGGGCAGAUACCAAGUCCAGCUGGAAAAGGAAAUCAGUAUUUCAAAGUUUCCCACUAAAUGGAGGCAUGAAGUGCUCUAAAAUCUCCUGGUAGAUGGGUGACCAUGGAUAACAAACAGGAAGAAAACUCCAAGGCACUCUCUUUAAGCAUUAAAAUGCCGUUAUUUUCAUGGCAUGGUCAUGUGUAGACCUUAAAAACACACUUCAAUGCGUUUCAGCAUCAAGCCUUCAUCAGGAGGUCAAACAUCAGGAAGUCCAGCUGGAAAAGGAAAUCAGCAUUUCAAAGUUUCCCACUAGAUCGAAGCAUGAAGUGCUCUAAAAUCUGGUAGAUGGGUGACAGGGUUGACUCUGGACUUGAUAAAGCACAUCAGAUAACAUGGCAUCCCAAUCCAUCACUGAGUAUUCUCUGAUACAGCCUCUGAGAACAGCCUGCCCUUUCAGCAGUGACCUUCAGUGCCUUACCCACCACAAAGGUCAAUGACUGUCCUCUGGACAAGAGUCAAGUCAGCAAUCUUCUCUAUGAUUGUGGUUGUGUGUACUCAAUUACAGCAUGGGAAUAAAGGCACAGGAAACCUUUGUAAAUUUGACUUUUCCAAACUAUUCUAGUAUUGUAACAUGGAAUAUAGAUUUCCCUGUGAUGUAAACUGUAAUCAUAAACACUUCACUUCGUAAGACAUGAAUCUAGAAUAUAUGGAAAUGUAACUUUCUAAAGUGAAUCAUGGGGGAAAAAUGAACUAUUACAUGAUAUUCUGGUUUUUUUAGAUGCACCUGUAUGUUAUGUCUGCAUGUACCAUAAAAACAUGAACAAAAACCUAUCUAAAGUGUUUAUUGAAAAAAUACACAGAAACCAUACCAGAGGCUUUAAGGGACUGAGUUUUCUGUUAUUACAAAUAAUAUGUAUACAGACAUAAAAUGAUGUUAGCCCAGAGAAAUGUAAUGUAAAUCUUGUUGAAUAGUGAUAGACAGUGGUUGAAAUUGAUGAAGUGUGCAAAUAUGAAUAUUAUGGGCAUUUUAAAGUUAACAACUGAGAGGAAAAUAUU